AUGCAUGGAUCGCGAUCGCACUAUGAUUAUACCGUGGCAUGGAUCAGCGCGCUGCCGCUGGAGAUGGCCGCCGCGAGACAAAUGUUCGACCAAUUCCACGACCGACUGCCUCAGCCAUUGACCGACACAAACACAUACACGCUGGGCAGUAUCUGCGGUCAUAACGUGGUUCUGGCAUGUCUUCCGUCCGGUGUCUAUGGUACUACUUCGGCUGCUACAGUCGUCGCUCAAAUGCGCUCGACCUUUCCUAGGCUCCAAUACGGGCUGCUGGUGGGGAUCGGGGGCGGCGCCCCCAGCGAGAAAGUUGAUAUACGGCUUGGGGAUGUGGUGGUUAGCAAGCCCACACGCACCUACGGCGGAGUAGUGCAAUACGACUACGGCAAAACUGUAGCUGGCGGGCUGUUUGAGCAGAGCGGAAUGCUCAACAGGCCUCCGGAAAUACUACUUACGGCGACGUCGAAGCUACAGGCAGAGCUCCACAAUCAUGAGAACCCGAUAUCUGACUUGCUCCUGAAGCGAUCCCAGGCAAAUGGAGGAAUCGGCUUCGGUUUCCCCUAUCCAGGCCAAGGGCGCGACCUUUUGUUUGAGUCGACAACCGCCCGUGGAUCGGACGAGCCUAAGAUUCACUACGGUUUGAUUGCAUCCGCAAACCAGGUUAUGAAGGACGGCCCAACACGCGACAUGCUGACUCGGAACCUCGAUAUUUUAUGCUUUGAGAUGGAAGCAGCUGGGCUGAUGAAUCAUCUUCCCUCGAUUGUGAUUCGUGGCAUUUGCGACUAUUCUGACUCUCACAAACACAAGGAUUGGCAGCCUUAUGCAGCACUAACCGCAGCUGCUUAUGGCCGUUUACUCCUAUCGGCUGUCCCUAUUUCGUCUCCGGAGAAGCACGAUCAAGCUCUCACGACGGAGGAAAAGGAAUGUUUAGAAAAGCUUUUCCUGGCAGACCCCGGAGACGACCUAAAUGCGCUCAAGCGUAGGAAAGGAGGUCGCGCUCCUGGGACGUGUGAAUGGGUUCUGGUAUCACCAGAAAUUAGGCAAUGGCUUGGGAAGGAGAGUCCGGCUGCAGGGCAUGAAUCGAAUCUUUUGUGGCUUCACGGCAAUCCAGGAACAGGCAAAUCAACGAUGGCUAUCACCCUCGCCGAAAAGCUGCCUGAAGACCCCUUAUUUGCACGUGAAGAUGCCAUCCUUGCCUACUUCUUUUGCGACUCCAGUUCUGAAAAGCACAGAACUGCUACGGCUAUCUUACGUGGCUUGCUGUAUCAAACAAUACAGAAUCGUCCAUCAUCACUGGGAUCCCUUGUAUCAAAGUACCGAGGUUACAAGGAUAAGCUAUUCUCCUCUUUCGAUGCUUUGUGGUCAGUCUUGAUGGAAAUUGGCAAUAGAAGCGGAUUGAAACUGUACUGUAUCAUCGAUGCCCUGGACGAGUGCGACGAUGAAGCGCUGGAAUCUCUGCUGAUACAACUGAGCCGAACCUUUCAACCCGGUGAUUCCCGGUACAAUCAAAGCGGGAUUCACGUCCUUAUCACAAACCGUCCGUAUGAAGAAAUCAGACUAUAUUUGGAUGAGUUUCCGAAUCAAGAUAUUGCCUCUUAUCCUCAGGUCUGCAACGAUCUUGCAAUUUUCAUCGAACAGAAGGUCAAAGAAUUGAGCAUAAAAAAGCACUAUUCUGCGAAUGUUCGCCGCAAUGUUGCCGCAAUCUUGAAUGACAAGGCCGAGGGAACAUUCCUGUGGGCUGGCUUGGCAUGUGGUGAAUUAAUCAGAGUUCGGUCGAGGGACGCAGUUGCGACAUUAGAGAAAUUACCGAGUGGCCUUAGUUUCAUGUACAAAAAGAUGCUCGACAUGGCCGUCGAAGAUCGCCAGGAGGACGGAAGCACGAUCAUCCAGUUGUUGACCGCCAUUGUGAUUGCCCGUCGGCCAUUGACUCUGUUAGAGCUAGCGGAAGCUUGCAAUCUCUAUGGCACCGAUGACCCGGAGGACCGAGUCGCAUAUGUCCGUGAGGAUGUCUUCGACUGUCGCCUACUGGUCGUUAUUCACGAUGACAGGGUGAUGCUCCUCCACAAAUCCGUCAAGGACUUCUUAACUCAUUCUCAGGAUGCCCGUGUCAUCAAUGAGCAGCUAGCUCACGCAGAAUUCGUUAGUCGUUGCAUUGACGUCCUGACGCGGGGAUUGGAUGCUGAAAGACCGGUAGUGGCUUCAAUCCUGGAGAAUGCUAUGGGCGACCGUUCGUUCCUACUUUAUUGCGUGCAAUACUGGCCUGAGCAUGCUCAUUUGGCAGGUGCCGAAUUCAAAAUUCAGGAACGCCACGGCGCCUUCUUCGAACUAGACUCUCCAGCACGAGAGAGAUGGUUAAACCUUUUUCGACUAUUCGAUCUGUCUAUUGACUCUGUUCCAUUCAAGUUCUCCAUUUUCCACGUGGCGGCGAGAUGGGGUAUUCCUGCCCUCAUUUCCCAUGCGCUUUCAACACAGAUUCUGUGCGAGCCAGGCAAAACAGAAGCGGAAAACCUCCAUCUGCCGAAGGAUCAUCUUAUCAAUUCACGCUGUUCGAAUGGAACCACCCCGCUCGAAGAGAGUGCUACUCAGGGCCACCUCGACGUAUUCGGCGUUCUGCUGGAUUUGGCCGAUGGCCAAAUGCUCCUCGAUGAAGCCAUCGCCGCGGCAAUUCGUAAUCGGCGCAGAGGAGCGGGUCUCAUCAAGCUUCUCAUUGACAGAGGAAGACUACAAGCUAUGCCUGAGUCAGGUAGGAUGAUAGCUUCCACCGAAACCUGGGAUUUCCUGCUGGAUUACUUUGGCCUCGAAUUCCCUGUUUCUGAACAAAUGCUUCAAGAACUUUGCUAUAGUGAAAAUGGCACCGAUGUGUUGAGCGCAAUAUCGAGAAAGCUGCAACGGCAAUUACCAGUCACCGAGGAAGUUCUUAUGCUCGGAGGCUUACACAGAGACGCAAGAUUUGUGGAGUUACUGCUGAAUGACGUCGAAAAAAGGAUUCCAAUCAGUGAAGACUUCAUCUUUUUCGCUUUGCUGAAUAGGAAGCAUGCAUUAGGUAUAAUUGACCUUGUGCUGGCUCAUUGGCAGAGGGGCUCGCUAGCCUUGGAGCGCCCAGAAGAAGACCCCGUCCUGCUAAUCAUGCAACAGCUGCAGAAGCCCGCUGUCCUGCCGGAGAAGGUAGCAAACGUCUUGCGCAUGAUUCAGCACAGGGGCUUCAAACUUUCGCCCUCGACGGCCCUCGUAAAACUGGUGGCGAAAACCGGAGACGUUGAUCUUUACAAGGAAGUUCUGCGAAAUUGGGAGACGGUGAACUUGAUAGAUGAGAGCAACCUGCUUUACAUGGCAGAGCGAAUGCCUGCAGAGAUGUUUGACUUCUUCUUGGACACCCUGGGCGGUGAGCUUCCUAUCAGCGCUCGCGUCGUUGAGGCUGCGGCUGCGAAUUUGGAACAUGGAUGGCAGAUAAUUCAGAAACUGUUCAAGAUCUCAGAUGGUAACCUUCCUGUCUCUGCCUUCACUUUUAGCCGUGCAGCAGAGAUGGCAGAAACGCAGCUGCAUGGCAGUCAAACCCUCAGUUUCCUGCUCCAGCAUUUCAAAGACCGCAUUCCGGCCUCACCAAGCGUCGUUAGAUUUGCUGCUCAAUUGGGUAGAGAGGGAUACCCUUUCAUUGAAGCAAUACUCGAUCGCUUAGAAAACAAUGGGUUGACUGCAGACGCCGACUUGAUCCCCACUGUCAUAUACAAUGGCAGUGUAGAGCUACUGUUGUUUAUACUGGAUCGAACUGACAGCUCACUCCCAAUCACCGAGGAAACACUUGCUUUGGCUACCGGUAAUCAUAGGGACGGCGUACGAAUGGUUAGACUAUUAGCGCGGCGUGCUUGCGGGCGAUUGCCCUGGCAUGAAGAAGCGUUCAGACGAUGCGAUAAAGUCAAUAUUUGUCCGAUCUUCACCGAAUGGUUGAAUGAAGGCACCUUCACACAUGAGAUGAUCCACGCCGCAGCGAUCUGCAUAGCCCGGACGCCUAUUACACUGAGAGACCCUCUGCAGCAGACUCUUAUCGGUUAUUGGAAGCGAGUCGACUUCGCCGAAGAUAUUGCCCGAAUACUCAUUCAAAACAAUAAUAUGAAAAUUUUAACAAAUCUGCUAACUCUGUACGGCGGCGUCUCGCUCAUCGACAAGGAGACAAUGCAGCUCGCAGUGAAAAAAGAUUCGCCUGGGCUUCUGAUCGAUCUGAUGAUCAAACAAGGCCGGGAGGAUCUCAUUUUGAAGGAGGAGCUUGUCGAAGCCUCUGCUUGGGGUUUCAGCGCGAGGAAUGAGGGCAUAACCUUCUUAUUGGAGCAGUACGGCGAGAAGACCCCUCUUUCAGAACAAACACUUGUCUUUCUGUUGCUCAAUUUCUCCAACAGAAAUCGUACUGUGGCGCGCUUCCUCGAGGGCCUACCGGAUGCAAUUUUAAGGUCGCCGACGAUGCUCAAAGCUGCCGCUGCAGGGACUAAUCGGCAAAUUGUCGGAAGGAUUCUUGAGUCUUAUCCGUUCGAGAUCACGGACGAGAUCGUUGAAUCAGCAAUAGGGCAUUCUUCAGAUGCCGAAGGUAUCUUUUGCAUGCUUCUUUCCAGAAGCGGAGGUCACAUUACUGAGAGAAUGAUUCAGCUUGCGUGCAAAAGAGGGGUUGAGAUCCUUCCAUUUUUUCUUGACGAGACCAUAGACAGGAUUCCAAUUAGCACCGACACACUAUUUGCCGCUUUGUAUGGUUCAUCAGUGGAAACGCUACUCAGAUAUCCCAUCGAUGUGAACCAGAUUACGGACGAGUUUCUGGUAAUGGCAGCAAGUUGUUGGGAGCCUGAACGGCUGUUUUCCCUUAUAUUGGAGCGAUUCGGAGAUCAGAUAAAAAUCACCGAAACGAUUGUCGCAGCCACGAUCCAAACUUCUCGUAACGAUCUAUUCAUUGCAAAGUUACUGAGCCGUCUCGAUAGCGCGACGCCUCUCACCGAGGCGGUGCUAGUCGCCGCGGCAAAAAGUGAGCUGCCAACACCUGAGGUCAUUGAGCUUUUCAACCGUCUUCUGAGCAUGAUUGGAGAUGACAAGGUCAUUACAGAAGCGACACUUGUUGCCGCGGCCGGCAAUGGAUGGAAUGGUGGCGCACAGAUAAUACAGCUGCUACUCAGUCGUAGGAGUGAUUUCGAGGUUACAGAAUCAAUGAGCAAGGCAGCAGUGUUCAAAUCCGACUCAGUCCUCCGCGACGUACCAACCGGUACCGACGCAAUGGAAGUCCUCCUGGAUCUGAAAGGAGACACAGUCCCUAUCACCGAGGAGGUUCUGCUGGCGGCCACUCGGAACCUUUGGGAUAGGUACAGCAUUUUCGCAUUAUUAGUAAGGGAAAGGUUCGACUCGGUGCGCGCUUGUCUCACCCAGAGACUGUUGCUUACUAUCGCGGCGAGUGGGGAUAUGAAGAUUCUGUCACUCUUGGAAAGGAGGUUUGAAAUCCCAAUCACGAAUGAGCUGCGCUCAAUUUGUCGGUUGUACAUUGGCGCCCGCGAUGGCGACAGUCGGGCUGUACGGACCCUUCUUCGUCAAGGAUGCCCACCAGAUAUACGAAACGCCAGAGGGGAAACCCCCCUUUGGAUGGCAGCAGACGGUCAGCAUGAUUUGAUCGUCAGAGACCUCCUGGUAACAAAAGCGGUAGACGUUGAUGCUGUUCCCAUGACCGGAGACCCGCCACUUAUCAAAGCAGUGGAAAGUUACAAUGUUCCUAUAGUACGCCUUUUACUGGCUGCAGGUGCAAAUCCGAACCUGGCCGGCAAGGACGGAAAGACAGCCUAUACUUUAGCAAAGGAGAAUUCGUACUUGCGUAUGAUGGCUAUCAUGGAAGAAUACGGGGCCAAGUGA